AUGGAUGAGCUCUUUGAUGUCUUUGAGGACACGCCUCAGGCGGUAACCCCGUCCGAGGCUAUCCCAAAACGUCCCAAGAAGGACAAGAGCAAGAAACGCCAGGUGAAUGGCGACGUCAAGAACCCCGAAGACGCCCAGACUGAACCGAACGAGGAUACCGUCUUGCCAGAUGCAUCUGCUACAGAGUCCAAGCCGGCAGUCGCCGAAGCACCCACUCCCGAGAACGAUCAACCCGAUGCGAAGCGACCCAAAUUGGACGAUGAACCUGCGCCAGUACUUGCGGAUUCUUUUGAAACCGAAGGACAAGUCGAGCUUGCCAAACUGCAAGGUGAAGAAGAGUCUAUGAAAGUAUCCCACCAAGUGCGCCAUCAGGUCGCAUAUCCUCCGAACUAUCCCUACGUGCCUCUUUCGGAGCACAAGCCGCCAGCAGAGCCAGCAAAGAAAUACUCCUUCACACUUGAUCCUUUCCAGCAACUUGCAGUCGCCUCAAUUGAACGCGAGGAAAGCGUUCUGGUCUCGGCCCAUACUAGUGCAGGAAAGACCGUAGUGGCAGAGUAUGCCAUUGCGCAAAGUUUGAAGAAGAACCAGAGAGUGAUCUACACGAGUCCAAUCAAGGCGCUGUCUAACCAGAAAUACCGUGAAUUUGCUGCCGAGUUUGGUGAUUGUGGUUUGAUGACUGGUGAUGUGACAAUCAAUCCUACAGCUACUUGCCUCGUUAUGACUACUGAGAUUCUCCGCUCCAUGUUGUAUCGUGGUUCUGAGAUUAUGCGUGAAGUACAGUGGGUCAUUUUCGAUGAAAUUCAUUACCUGCGAGACCCAACCCGUGGUGUUGUUUGGGAAGAGACACUCAUCCUCCUGCCCGACAAGGUCCGCUACGUUUUCCUGUCUGCUACUAUCCCCAACGCUAUGCAAUUCGCCGAGUGGAUUGUGAAGAUGCACAACCAACCAUGCCACGUCGUUUACACCAACUACCGUCCUACACCGCUUCAGAACUAUUUCUUCCCCGCUGGUGGAGACGGCAUGCACCUAAUUGUCGACGAGAAGGGAGUGUUCCGCGAAGAAAAUUUCCAGAAGGCGAUGAGCUCAAUUGCCGACAAGAAGGGUGAUGAUCCCGCCGAUGCGAUGGCCAAGCGCAAAGGAAAGGGCAAGGAUAAGUCUUUGAACAAGGGUGGAAACAAGGGCCCAUCGGAUGUCUACAAAGUCGUAAAGAGCAUCAUGCUGAAGUCAUUGAACCCUGUCAUUGUGUUCAGUUUCAGCAAGCGUGAAUGCGAGGAAGGCGCUUUGCAGAUGUCCAAACUAGCAUUCAACGAUGACUCGGAGAAGGAAAUGGUGACCAAGGUCUUCGAAAGCGCCAUCUCAAUGCUGUCCGAAGAGGAUCAAAAAUUGCCUCAAAUAGAAAAUCUCCUUCCGCUUUUGCGCAGAGGUAUUGGUGUUCACCACUCUGGCUUGCUGCCUAUUCUUAAGGAAACCAUCGAGAUUCUGUUCCAGGAGGGUCUCAUCAAAGCUCUAUUCGCCACUGAAACUUUCUCCAUUGGUCUGAACAUGCCCGCAAAGACUGUUGUUUUCACGAGUGUGCGCAAGUUCGAUGGUACCAGCCAACGCUGGGUCACCCCAUCUGAAUUUAUUCAAAUGUCUGGUCGCGCUGGUCGACGAGGUCUCGAUGACCGUGGUAUCGUAAUCAUGAUGGUUGGCGAAGAAAUGGACCCAGCUGUGGCGAAGGAAAUUGUGCGCGGUGAACAGGACCGACUCAACUCCGCAUUCCACCUUGGCUACAAUAUGAUUCUCAAUCUUUUGCGUGUGGAAGGCAUAUCGCCCGAUUUCAUGCUGGAGAGUUGCUUCAAGCAGUUCCAGACCACUGGAAAUGUGUCAAGUUUGGAGAAAGAGCUUCAGGAUUUGCAGGACAAACGGACCAACAUGGUCAUUCCGGAUGAGGGCACCAUUCGCGAGUACUACGACCUAAGGAAGCACCUGGACACACUCGCAGAUGAUGUCCAGCAGGUUGUGAGCCACCCGAACUAUUCUCUGCCUUUCAUUAUGCCUGGCAGACUUGUCCAUAUCAAACAUCAAGGCCAAGAUUUUGGAUGGGGAGUCGUGGUCAAGCAAACCCAACGCAAACAAGCGAAGAAUGAAAAGGAGCCAUUAACCCCUCAUCAAUCCUACAUUGUCGAUGUGCUUUUGAGGCUUGCGGAGGGCCCAUCCAUCGGCACUAAAUCUCACCAAGACAUCCCGUCCGGCAUUCAACCCGCAAAGGAGGGAGAAAAGGAGCGUAUGGAAGUUGUGCCCAUUGUGCUCAGCUGCAUUCAUGAAAUCUCACACAUUCGGAUUUUCCUCCCGAAGGAUAUCCAGGGGGCCGACGCGCGAAGCGGGGUGAAGAAGUCUUUGGAUGAAAUCAAGCGACGUUUCCCAGAUGGUCUUCCGUUGCUUGAUGCUAUCGAGAAUAUGAAAAUCACGGAUGACUCCUUCAAAAAGCUACUACGGAAAAUCGAAGUCCUCGAAUCUCGUUUGCUGAGCAACCCUCUCCACAACUCACCUCGUUUGGCCGAACUCUAUGAACAAUAUGCCGAGAAGGUAGAGUUGGGAACAGAGAUCAAGGCCGCCAAGAAGAAGAUCUCUGACGCCAUGGAGAUCAUGCAACUUGAAGAGUUGAAGAAUCGUAAGCGUGUGCUGCGUCGAGUCGGAUUUAUCAACGAGGAUGAAGUCGUUCAGUUGAAGGGUCGGGUCGCUUGCGAGAUUAGCUCUGGUGACGAGCUGAUGCUGAGUGAGCUGCUGUUUAACGGUUUCUUCAACAACCUUACUCCUGAGCAGAUUGCAGCCAUUAUGAGUUGUUUCGUGUUUGAAGAGAAGGUCAAGGAAGCUCCUCCAUUGUCCAAGGAUGAGCUGGCGAAGCCUCUCCGGGAGAUCCAAACACAAGCUCGCACGAUCGCCAAGGUUUCCCAGGAGUCCAAAAUGGCUUUGAAUGAGGAUGAAUAUGUUCAAAGCUUCAAAUGGGAGCUUAUGGAGGUGGUCUACGAUUGGUCCCAUGGCAAGUCCUUUGCCGAUAUCUGCAAAAUGACCGACGUCUACGAGGGAAGCUUGAUCCGUGUCUUCCGCCGGCUGGAAGAGUGUUUGCGGCAGAUGGCACAGGCUGCCAAGGUCAUGGGCAGCGAGGACCUGGAGAGCAAGUUCGAAGAGGCUCUGACGAAGAUCCGCCGCGACAUUGUUGCUGCUCAAUCUUUGUACUUGUAG